AUGGUGCAAGAUGCCAGGGCACCCGACGGCCUGCGACAUAUUUGCGGGGGUUCGAUUCUGGAUGAAUACUGGAUUUUGACUGCCGCCCAUUGCACCGAUCAACAUUCCCCCACCAACAUGGUAAUUAUAGCCGGAGCCGCAAAUAUACGUCGCCAGACGCCGCAGCGGCAAAUAGUUCAAGUAGCCCAAUUCGUGAUCCACGGCAAGUACGUUUCCUAUCAGAACCGGAAGUCCAAGCAGCAAAUAAACUACGAGCAAGUUGAUGUGGCGUUGUUGAAGUUAAAAACCCCCGUGAAACUAACGAAAAAAGUUGCGUGGCCGACGCUAUUGCUGAAACCGGAUCCGAAGCUUACCAAGGGCGGGAUGGAAGCAAAGGUGUUUGGAUGGGGCAGGACUGGGCGAGACCCGAAAAAAUCACCAGACCUCCGCUACACGACCAUCGACCUAUACUCUGAGGCCAGCUGCCACUCGAUUUACGGCAGGGCUUUUGCGCAAAAUAUUCUUUGUGGAGGCCGGGCGGAGAAUGGGCCGUGUCCGGCUGAUUCUGGCGGUCCCCUCGUCUUGACCGUCAAGGUUGGCGGCAAAAAGCACUGGCCACAAAUCGGCAUCGUCAGCCGGGGCUCAUCGACGUGUGUACAAAACGGAAAAUCUGCCGCCUACAUGAACGCGGCCCGGUUUUGCGGCUGGGUGCAGAAGCAGACGGGGAUCCCGGAUUUGUGCAAAGAUUUGGCGGAGUUACGA